GAUAAUAUAUACAGGUUUCGCUGGAAUUUUGGAAGAGUGAAGGAUGAGGGCAUUCUCUCCUUGCCCACUUUCGGCUUAUCCUGCUCUCUCUGCAACAGCUUCCUUGGCCACCCAGAAAGUCACUUCCAGCACUCAACUUUCAGCUCUCCACCGUGACAGUCCUUUCGUCCAAGAGCUAAAUCGUUUACUGGCCUUGCGUGUUGGGAAGCAGGUUGUCCACGCAGUUGAUGCACUACAGUCUGAGUUCAGAGCUGUGGAUAACUUGGUGGCACGUAACUCCUUUCGUGUUCUCAAAGCUUUUCAGAAUGCUCGAGUAGGAUCUCAUAAACCAAUGGCAAAAGGAAAAUCUUCUUCUGUUCUGGAUUACUAUGCAGCUGCUAAUAGUAAUGCUUAUAAUCAGCAUUUUGGAGGAUCAACUGGCUAUGGCCAUGAUGAGGCUGGAGGACGAGAAGCACUGGAUCAAGCUUUUGCUGAGAUUGUGGGAGCUGAAUUUGCAAUAGUUCGGUCCCAGGUUAUCUUGUCUUUCCUUCUCUUUUCAGUAUUCUGCCAAAUCAAUCUGGUUGAAUUUUGUUAUUUUCAGCUUUUGGCAGUUGCUGGAGCACCUUAUGACACACUAGAGGAAGUCAUUGGAAAGAGGGAUUCUCAUGGCUUGGGGUCAUUGAAGGAUUUUGGAGUGACAUACAGAGAGCUUCCUCUUGCUGAAGAUGGUGGCCUUGACUGGGAUGCACUUGAGAGUGCUGUGAAACCUCAAACAAAAUGUGCUCUAAUACAGAGAUCUUGUGGCUAUUCAUGGCGACAAAGUUUAAGUGUGAAUGAUAUAGGGAGGGCCAUUAAGAUGAUCAAGAUGCAGAAUCCUAACUGCUUGGUCAUGGUUGAUAAUUGCUAUGGUGAAUUUGUUGAAGGAAUUGAACCUCCAAUGGUGGGUGCUGAUUUGAUGGCAGGUAGCUUGAUUAAAAAUCCUGGUGGGACCAUAGCUCCAUGUGGUGGAUAUGUUGCAGGGAAGCGGAUGUGGGUAGAAGCAGCUGCAGCUCGCCUCUCGGCUCCGGGCCUUGGAACUGACUGUGGCUCAACACCAGGGGACAUUAUGCGAGCUUAUUUUCAGGGCUUAUACCUUUCCCCUCAAAUGGUUGGUGAGGCAAUAAAGGGAACCUUUCUGAUUGCUGAAGUCAUGGCAUCAAAAGGAUUUAAAGUGCAACCGCUACCAUGUGCCAGUCGACAUGAUACAGUUCAAGCUGUGCAGCUGGGGAACCGUGAGCGUCUCCUUGCUUUCUGUGAGGCUGUGCAAAGAAGCUCACCGGUUGGCUCAUUCACCAAACCGGUUGCUGGUUCAACGCCCGGAUAUGCAUCAGAGGUGAUUUUUGCUGACGGGACUUUCAUUGAUGGGAGUACAAGUGAAUUGUCAUGCGAUGGACCUCUAAGAGAACCAUUUGCUGUAUAUUGUCAGGGUGGUACUCACUGGACUCAAUGGGGCAUAGUUCUAGGUGAGGUCUUGAAGCACAUUUGAUCAGAAACCUGAGUUUCUAAUCAAUCAGUUCUUCGACAAAGCCACCAAGGGCUCGAAGUCUGAGCUUUGCAUUGGAGAUCAAUACAUUCUGCAGACUGCUGAAGAGUUUUGGGCAGCUUCUACUGCUGAGCAUGCAGUCUGUAGCACCAAGUGGUUCUGAUGAGGUUUAACCAAGGUUUCGGAGGUGGCAGUAGCAGAGGCAGAGAUGGCGGCGCUACAAGAAUUCUGGACAAUCUUGCUUUGACUAUUGGGAUGUAUUUGCGGCUGCUACUGUCUAUCAAGUUUUGAUGAUCAAUCCCGACUCUGUAUAUUAUGUUCAGCAUUCAUACUGUUACACCUGUUCAUCGUUCUACAUGGGUUUACAAUAUAAUCAAUGCAAGUGCCAUCCAUUGAUAAUACAGCUUGUAAUUAUCUUAUACCCAUCAAACAAAGCACGAUUCAUUAUUAGAGAUUUAUGAAAGCUUCAAUAUCCAUUACAUAGUUGAAAGUGAAAGAACUAUGAAUGACUUCUAUCAUGCAGCUCCUGAGUCACAUACAACUUUAGACCCUUCCUGAAAACUCUUGUGUACAACGAAAACAGGUAACUUUAGGGAAUGCUUGAUAUCUAGCGUGCUGGUUCUCCAAUAAGGUUGUCAAACCGGUUUAUGCCAGUGUGCCGGUUUAGCAAGUGGAAUGAUUCAACCGGUGGCACAUAUCGGUUUGUGCCGGUCCAUGCCGGUCAAUAUUACAAAUAAAAUUAUAAAUACUCAUAUUGAAACAUGACAUUUAACGUCAAUACCUAAAC